AUGGAGGCACAUAGCAGCAGCGAUUCUUUCAGUACUCCGGCGCCUAGAGUGGCCUCUGACAGGCUGGACGUCUGGUCAAUCGUCAACGAAGCAGCUGCUAUAUCUCCAAUUCAACCAAUCGUGAACCUGGGACAAGGCUUCUUUGGCUUUAACCCGCCUCAGUUUGCUAUAGAUGCGGCCAAGGAAGCGCUCAAUAGGGUUGAUUGCAACCAGUGCGCUCCAACGAAGGGCCGCCUAAGUCUGAGAAAGGCCAUUGCGUCGGCUUAUUCCAAGUUACUUGAAAGACCUAUUGACGAGGAGAAUGAAGUCGCCAUCACAUCAGGUGCUAAUGAAGGCAUGCUGUGUGCAUUACUGGCAUUUAUACAUCCCGGUGACGAAGUCGUUACAUUUGAACCCUUCUUUGACCAAUAUAGAAGCGGAAUUGAACUGGCAGGUGGUAUUCCUCGCUAUGUGCCUCUUCACCCGCCAAAGAACAGCAGUAGAGCAAUAUCAAGUGCAUCCGAAUGGACAGUUGACUUUGAAGAGCUUGAGAAAGCCAUAAACAAAAACACGAAGAUGAUUAUCCUCAACACGCCUCACAACCCCGUAGGAAAAGUCUUCACAGAGGCAGAGCUCCAGCGCAUUGGCGACAUCUGCUUGAAACACGAUCUUCUCAUCCUCUCCGACGAGGUCUACGACCACCUUUACUAUGUCCCCUUUACGCGAAUCGCAACUAUCUCCCCUGACCUCUUCGAUCACACACUAACCGUCGCAUCCGCUGGGAAAGCUUUCCAUGCCACAGGCUGGAGAAUCGGCUAUUUGAUUGGGCCACAGCAACUCAUCAAAUAUGUUUCCGCAGUACACACCCGCAUCUGCUACAGCAGCGUAUCUCCGCUACAGGAAGCAGUGGCGGUUGCUUUCGAAGAGGCGGACAGGAACAGCUUUUGGGAGCAUAGCCGGCAGGAAAUGAAAGAUAAGAUGAGGUUGUUCUGUGAGGUUUUCGAAGACCUUGGACUACCGUACACCGAACCCGAAGGCGGAUACUUUGUCCUGGUGAAUUUAUCCCGGGUACAAAUCCCCAGCGAUUAUGUAUUCCCAGCACAUAUUGAACAACGAAGAAGAGACUGCAAGCUCUGCUGGUUCUUGAUCCAGGAGAUUGGCGUUGCCUCUAUUCCGCCGUCGGAGUUCUAUAGUGAUGACAAUGCACAUAUAGGGGAAGACUUUCUUCGGUUUGCGUUUUGUAAAGAAGACGAGGUCCUGGGAAUGGGCAAGCAGAGGUUACUUAAAUUGAAGAAUUAUAUUGUUUGA